AUGGGCGAGAGCAACAUGGCGGGCCUCGGGUCGGUGGCCCUCAACGGGUCAUCACCGAAGAAGGUCGCCUACUUUUACGAUUCCGACAUUGGCAACUAUGCCUAUGUCACCGGCCAUCCCAUGAAGCCGCACCGCAUUCGACUGGCCCACAGCUUGAUUAUGCAGUACGGCCUGUACCAGAAGAUGGAGAUUUACCGCGCCAAACCGGCCACUCGCGGCGAAAUGACCCAGUUCCAUACCGACGACUACAUCGACUUCCUGCAAAAGGUCACGCCGGACAACAUGGAUAGCUACAUGAGAGAGCAGGGCAAAUACAAUGUCGGCGAUGACUGCCCCGUGUUUGACGGCCUUUUUGAGUUUUGCGGUAUCAGUGCCGGCGGCAGUAUGGAGGGCGCAGCGCGUCUCAACCGACAGAAGUGCGACAUCGCCAUCAACUGGGCCGGAGGCCUGCAUCACGCCAAGAAGUGCGAAGCCAGUGGUUUCUGCUAUGUGAAUGAUAUCGUCCUCGGUAUCCUCGAGCUUCUGCGAUUCAUGAAGCGCGUGCUCUACAUCGACAUUGACGUUCACCACGGCGACGGCGUCGAGGAGGCCUUCUACACCACCGACCGUGUCAUGACCGUGUCGUUUCACAAGUACGGUGAAUACUUCCCCGGUACCGGCGAGCUUCGCGACAUUGGCAUCGGACAGGGUAAGAACUACGCUGUCAAUUUCCCGCUCCGCGACGGCAUCACCGACGAGUCCUACAAGUCCAUCUUUGAACCGGUCAUUGAGAACGUCAUGAAGUAUUUCCAGCCCGAGGCCGUUGUCUUGCAGUGCGGUGGCGACAGUCUGUCGGGCGACCGCCUGGGAGCCUUCAACCUGAGCAUGGACGGCCACGCCAACUGCGUCAACUUCGUCAAGAGCUUCAAUCUGCCUACUCUGGUCCUCGGUGGUGGUGGCUACACCAUGCGCAAUGUUGCCCGAACCUGGGCGUUUGAGACUGGCGUGCUGGUUGGCCAGGAGAUGGACCGGGCUCUGCCAUACAAUGAGUACUACGAGUAUUAUGCUCCCGACUUUGAACUCAACGUGCGAGCGUCCAACAUGGAGAACUCGAACAGCAGAGAGUACCUGGAGAAGAUCACCGCUGCCGUGAUUGACAACCUGCGUCAUACCGGCCCCGCGCCAUCUGUGCAGAUGCAAGACGUUCCUCGCAAGCCGUUCGGCGGAAUGACGGACGAAGAGGAGGCCGAGCUGGAUGACCUCGACGAAGACGAGAACAAGGACGUCCGAAUGUCGGAGCGGCAGUGGGACAAGCAUGUGGAGAAUGGGGCCGACAUUUAUGCCAGUGAUGAUGAAGACAUGGCCGCUGAGAACGGAAAGACCCGCUCCAAAGGUAACAAGAGAACCUUUACAGACUUCCGGACAGAUGAGCCUGAGGAAAAGAGCGAGCGCCCGUCCCCUGUACCUGCCGCUGUUGCUACGAAUGGCAGUGCUUCCGAAGCCCCAGCGGUGGAGGAUGCUCACGAUAUCAACGAUGACACCAUCGAGGACUUUGCUGCUGCAGGCGAGCAGGAGAAGGCGUCAGUGGAUAAGAUGGACGAGUCCAAAGAACCCGAAAAGGAGAAGGAAGCCGAAGCCGAAGCUGAAGCGGUAAAAGAAACCGAGCCCGUCAAGGAGAAAGAACCCGAAAAGGAGAAUGUGGACGAUGAUGGCGACGUCGGCAUGGCUGACUCAGAGCCCAAGGACGAGAUGACGAUCAAGAAGGAGGACGUCGAGCCUGAACCAGUACCCGAGCACGUUCCCAGCAAGAGUCCCGCGGUGGAGGAAAAGCCGGCUGAAGAACCUGAAGCGGAGCCAAAGGAGCCUGAGGCGGAGAAAGCCAAGUCCCCCGAGGCGCCAUCUGAGGCCAAGGAGAAGGAGGCCGAGCCCGCGGAGGCGGCUGUGGAUGCCAUGGAAGUUGACCAGGAAAAGGGCGAAGCCGAGCCGGAGAAGGCCAGCACACCGCCCGCUUAAGCCUAUACAGGCGAGUGAGGCGUUCAGCGUUCAGCAUUCGGUGG